GUGACCUUUUCUCACCUCCUUUCUAGCUUAUUUCCCUUUCUCUCCCCCCAAAGUUGAGACGUGUCACUGCUGCACUGAGACUGAUGAAGAGGCUUGAGUACUUUCUGGGAUGCUCGGCUGUGACAGAAGCACUGCCACUAUCUACCAAAGCUGGUCCCAAGACAUUCAUGUGUAGAGUUUAACACAUGCUGGACAGGGCACCUGCUUGCUGGAGCCAAGGCUACAUGUUCCCUUAAUUCCAAGCCAUGAAUGAAUCCAGGUGGACUGAAUGGAGCCUCCUGAACAUGAGCAGUGGCAUUGUGAAUGUGUCUGAACGUCACUCCUGCCCACUUGGAUUUGGCUACUACAGUGCGGUGGAUGUGUGCAUCUUUGAGACCGUUGUUAUUGUCUUGCUGACAUUUCUAAUCAUUGCUGGGAAUUUAACGGUCAUCUUUGUGUUUCACUGUGCUCCACUGUUACACCACUACACUACCAGCUAUUUUAUUCAGACAAUGGCAUAUGCUGAUCUUUUCGUUGGAGUUAGCUGCUUGGUUCCUACUCUCUCACUUCUUCACUACUCCACAGGUAUCCAUGAGUCAUUGACUUGCCAGGUUUUUGGAUAUAUCAUCUCGGUUCUAAAAAGUGUUUCUAUGGCAUGCCUUGCUUGCAUAAGUGUGGAUCGCUAUCUUGCAAUAACCAAGCCUCUUUCCUACAAUCAACUGGUCACUCCUUGUCGCCUGAGAAUUUGCAUUAUUUUAAUCUGGAUCUACUCUUGCCUCAUUUUCUUGCCUUCCUUUUUUGGCUGGGGGAAACCAGGGUACCACGGUGACAUUUUUGAAUGGUGUGCCACCUCUUGGCUCACCAGCGCCUAUUUUACUGGCUUUAUUGUUUGUUUACUUUAUGCUCCUGCCGCCUUUGUGGUCUGCUUCACUUACUUCCACAUUUUCAAAAUUUGCCGGCAGCACACCAAAGAGAUAAAUGAUCGGAGGGCCCGAUUUCCUAGACAUGAGGUGGGUGCCUCUGGGGAGACUGGACACAGCCCUGACCGUCGCUACGCCAUGGUUUUGUUUCGGAUAACCAGUGUGUUUUACAUGCUGUGGCUCCCUUAUAUAAUUUACUUUCUUCUGGAAAGCUCCCGGGUCUUAGACAAUCCAACAGUAUCCUUCCUAACAACCUGGCUUGCUAUAAGUAAUAGUUUUUGUAACUGUGUAAUAUACAGCCUUUCCAACAGUGUUUUCCGGCUAGGCCUCCGAAGACUGUCCAGGACAAUGUGUACAUCUUGUAUGUGUGUGAAGGAUCAGGAAGCACAAGACCCCAAACCUAGGAAACGGGCUAAUUCCUGCUCCAUUUGAAGAGAACUAUACGUAAAUCCAGUGUAAUCUGACAGGGGUUUUGGAUUGUAUUCUUGAUUCUUCUGGAAGUUUGCCACUAGAGAAAUAUUUACUUGAAUAGUUGACUAUGAGAUGAAAGGACUAAAGAUUUCUCUUUUUUUCUUUUCUUUUUCCACAGUAGUGGGGGAGGGGGAGCUAGAGAAAAGAACGUAUGGAGGGUAAUCUCAUGAGAUAACUAUGGUAUGUGAGUAUAUGUGUACAGUAAUAGCAAAAUUAAGCACUGAAGAUGAAAAAAGUAUUGAACAAAAUAUCUCAGAUCUUCCACAGGACACGAGCAAAGCCCCUCGGCAUCUCUGUCCUCUCUGAGCUCUCUCCUCUGUCUUUGCCUCUCAUUCUGUCUGUCUCUCCCACUCUUUUUGUGUUUGUGGAAAUUACUUACAUAAAUUGUCCUUUAUAGAAGAAUGCUACAUAUUAUAUAUGUAGCAAAGUACAAUUUUUUGCAUCAAAGUAUACUCUUAAACGUACUAAUCUGCAGCCCAUAAGUGGUCUCUCCAUGAAGGAUGCAUAGUAAGCAUUGUAUUUUAUUACCUGCCACAUAACCCUUUGCUUGUGUUUUUACAAUAUUCACAGUGCAAAUUGUCUGCUAUAAAAAAAAAGAAACAGUAUUUUUGUUUCUUCUGGGUAAAAUUAUGCGUACCCACCUUCCACCCCCUUUCUAACAGCCUGCUAUUUUUUUUCUUCCAUUUUUCAUGAGCUGCAUCCUUUGGUACCUUAAUCCCAAAGUGUCUUAGCUAAUGAAAGAAUUUACUAUAUAAAGCAAUCAUAAUGUUAAAUAAUCUAUUCCUUCCAACAAAGGUUGUUUGAGAUAUCAUGUUAAAUAUUUUUAAUAGCUUUUGUAUACAUUUUUAUCUGGUUCCUUUCCAAUUAGCUCAUGUGCCCGAGUGGUAUCUUUUUUUGCUAUAAUAAAGCUUUGUUUUUCUUUAAGGAAAUCCACAAAUAAUUCUAACGCAGAUUUCAGAAUAUUCACCCAGAAGUGAGGUAUUAUUCUUCAAGCCACAUAGUGUGCCCUCCCACUUUUUUCCCCCUUAAUAGUAAAUAUUAACCUUUUUGUGUUAGGUCUACAAAGUUAGUGUUGCGUCCACCAAUCAUUUGUGUGAUAUGUAUUUGCAUAUACUAUUUUUUUUUACAACAAAGAAAAUGUAAAUUAUAUUAUAUGAUCUGUGCCUAAUGUUUUCUUAGCACAAUACAUAGAUCAAUGUUGCUUAACUCAUCAACAUUGGAAAAAAUAUACAAAAACUUGGAAGAGAAAAAUACUUUUGUGUAGUUGUUAUUUAGAUAUUUAUAUUAGACCAAGCUGCAUUCUUAGUACUGCUGAGAAUACAAUAUACUUAAUUAUUAAAUACAGGUAAGAGCUGUCAGUAUUUCUUUUUGUAAUCUGUUUUCAUACACAGAGAUUAAAUUAACUUAUUUUUUAGUGUGCUACAUGGAAUUGUAUAAUAAAUUGUCAGGGGUUUAGAUGUAGCAAAAUGGCAUUUGGGGAAUUAGUAGUGAAGCAGGUGUGAGUGGUAAAACAUCUAAAUCUUACUUUUUUAUUAUAAGUUUCCUGCCUGACAGAUAUUUUAAAGUUUAUAUCAGACUACUGAGUAUUUUUCUUCUCAGCAUUUUGAUUCCUUUGUUCUAUGAAAUGCAUUUAAGAAAUGUGCCUAUGACUUCAAAUUGGAAGCCAAGUGUGUUUGCACACGAGUGGUUUGACUUCAGAGGUCCAUUAGUGGAAAUGUCAUCAUUUUAUUGAGGUUGUU